UUGAUUGGUCCUUUAAAGAUGUUUCAGCAGAUAGAAACAGGAGGAUGGGUUAGAUUUCGGCGCGCAGAGGAGGUAAAAUUAAGCACAGACGUGUGAAUAAUGCUUUCGUGGAUCAGAUUUUGGCUUAUGAUCAAUAUUUUUGGCAAAUGAUCAGUAUUUUUGGCACCGCUCCGUUCUUUCCCCACUUAGCCGCCCUGCAGCUCCUGCGGUCGGGGGCGGAGCCGGACGUGACGCCACUUCUAGCGCAAGGAAGCUGCCGGACUGGCGCGCCAAAUUUCAAAGGACUUCCUCCCGGAGAAGAGCCGCAGAGACGCCUGGAGACAACGAGGACUAAAUACAGCGAGAAAAGUCUCCUUCAGCUCUGGUGGAUCAGACAGUCGUCAGCUGCUCCAUCCUGUCAGGCCUCCCCACCUGUGAGCCGGCUGAUGUCAGGAGGCUGGAUUUUAAUCUGCCUCGCUCACGCUCCACCUCGGCUGACAGCUGUGCAAACCUGCAAAUAUUAAAUGUCAGAAGUGGAGCUAGAAGUCACGGCUGUCAGGCUUUCCAGCAGCUUUGCUUGUCACAGUUUUAAUGUUUGCUGCAGCGGCACACAUCCCGUCCACACAGCAGCGCCUCUUUACUCUGCAGCCCUCCGUCUUAUUGCCUCCACUCCACGGGGGAUUCGCUUUGUUUGAGCCGGGGCUCAUAACAGGGUGUGGGAGCUCAUUUCCACACUUCAGCAGCUCGUACAGUGCUCUGUGUGCUCAUUAUUUAUUUAUGUAUGCACAGCAGGACACAAUAAGACGUGGGCUCUCCACACUAAUGCAGACACCUGUUGCUCAGAGCCGCUGCACCUGUCUGUAACCUUCACACUCGCUGCUUCCAGGCCUGGAAUAUUUUACCUGGCAGCCUAGCUUUAUGUCAAACACCUUCACUUUAUUAGCACAGAGUUGUAUGUAAAGAUGGACCACAGCCUGCUGUGAGCCAGGGCCGGUCACAGAUUGGGGGAGGCCUCUGGGUGAGAGGGGGCAGAUAAUCGGCCCUUUAGUCAUGCUGUCCGGGGUGCAGCCGUGCUUCCAGCUGCUCCGGAUCGGGUCGUCGUCGGGCGACUCGGCGAGGGACCUGUACACCUUCAGGCCGGCGCUGAGCCACUCGGUGUUCCGUCUGGGCCGGGCAGCGGAGCUCUGCGAUGUCACGCUGGACUCCACGUCUGUGUCACGCAUCCACGCCGAGCUGCACGCCGAGAGGGAGGCGGGCGAAGGCGACCCGGCACUGCAGGAGGAGGGCUGGACGGUCCACAUCAAGGACCGGAGCAGCCACGGAACGUGGGUGAAUGAAGUGCGCCUCCAGCCGGGCCUCCAGUGGGAGCUUUCAGACGGAGACACGCUGAGCUUCGGCGGCCAGUCGGACUCUGGAGGCCCCGAGUUCUACUUCUUCUUCCAGAAGGUCAAAGUUCGGCCGCUGGACUUCGAUGCCAUCACUAUUCCAAAGGCGGGGACGUUCUCUUCUGACCUACAGAACCGGAUCAGGACCAACUCGGACCGUAAAGUUGCCGCCAACCUGGACCUCUCCAAGCUGUCCAUCAACCGGGCCACCGUCAUCCUCAACUCCAUCGGCAGCCUGAGCAAGAUGAAGGGCAGCGCCUGGACCUUCAAGAGGAGCCAGAGCCACGAGGGCACCGUGUCCGACCCCGGCACCUCCUCCUCGCCUCCCCUCGCUGUGGGCUUCUCCUCGCUGCUGCCUCCCUCCACGCCACCGUCGUUUUCCUCUGCGGUUUCGGCGCCGUCAACCAAAUCCCUCCCGCCGACCUCCAGGAGCAGGAGGAAGUCGGCUCACACGGUGCUGCUGGAGGACGACAGCUCAGACGAACCCAGAAGUCGAGGAGCUCUGGUUGGGGUUGUGGAGGACGGCCAGAGGUCGAGGGGGAAGAAGAGACGGCGGCUCUACAAGUCUGAGUCUGACAGUUUCAGCUUACCUCCUGCUCCUCCGCUGCAGCCCAAGAUUCACAGUGACGUCAGGAGGCCGCUGGAGGCCAAACCCUUCCCCGUGGGCAUCCGGACCAUCGGUAGCUUCCACGGCGCCAUGACGAACAGCCGGCUGAACCACCACCUGCUGCAGGCUUCCUUCACCAACGUGACCGCGCACAAGCAUGAAGCGGAGGCGACGCACCGGGUCAAGACGGUGGUCCACGGCAACAUCGCGGCUUUCCGCCAGCAGAAACCCGCCCACAGUUCACCGGUGGCUCAGAGGGGCAGGCGCAGGGCUCACAGCUCCCCAGUGUUCUCCCCUCUGGUGGUGGGAGGAGAGAACUACAGCCUGGCCUCGCCCUCAGUGAGGAUCCGCACAGAGGACCGAGGCCGGAUGCAGUUCAACAGGUUCCAUCAUCCAACAAGCAAGCGACGAGGCCGCCCCAGGAAACACCCUCUCCCUCCCCAGCCCUCCCUGCCCUCUCCAUCCUCCUCGUCCUCCUCGUCCACCUCCUCGGCCUCCUCCUCCUCCGGCUCCUCCUCUUCUUCCUCCGAGGAUGAGGAUGACGACGAUGAGGAAGACGAGGAGGCAGCGGCGGUGGGGUCGGUGGAGCCGUGUGCAGCGCCGCGGUGUCGGCUGCCUCAGCAGGACACGGUCCAGUGGAUCCAGUGCGACGUGUGCGACGCCUGGUACCACCUGGACUGUCUGCACGUCGACCGCAAGAAGCUCGUGGACCCCAACGAAGACUUCCACUGCGGCUGUCGCUGAUGAUUACAUCAAAUGAAACCCCACAUUUGAAACUGUGAAGUUGCCACACUCUUCUCCUAGGAUGUUUAUUUCCUUCAGUCGUAACAGUUGAAAGCAUCAGUUUUCAUCCAACACACCGCUGCCUCAUCUAACGUCCACUAAGCUGCUUCCUGUCGUCUCUUUUCUGUGACUUUUCCACUCUGUUCUUCCCAUAUUUGAAGACCUAACAGUCAAAGGGCCACUUCCUAAACCUCCGGCUUGCACCAUUUUAGAGCUUUGUAGGAAGAACUGUAAUGAAACGUCUUGGCUUGGAUUUCGUUCUGGCUGGAGGGGUGUGAUCAGGGCAGGAACACGUGAUGAGAAGUCUGCUCCCACCAUGGAGCGAUCCGUGUCCAGGAAGGUUAACGAACCGUGUCCGAUCAGGCCGCCACCGUUGGGGUGAUUAAACGUUCUGAGAUGCCUUCCUGCUGCCUCCUACACAUUUUCACUGACCGGGGCGGACUUUUCGAGGCAGUAACGGACCUUCAGUGAACGUUUUACCUCUGCGAUAAUUAAAUUUGGGUAAAUAUUUGCGUGCGGCCCUCCCAGAUGGUAGCAGUGAAGUUUCAAAACAGUUAAAUGCCAAGAAAUGUGAUGGCAGACUCGUGCUGCUGCUGAUGAGAGCCGCUCUCCUGAUGAUAAUCAGAUGUUUCCAGGCACUUCUGCAGGAGCAGCUGCUGGGUAUUUUUUGGGAGGAAAGUGUCUGAUGGGACUGUUUUCUCCUAUAAAGUGCAGGCUGACAGCUCGACUCAUUACCAGGGAAAUGACAUGAAACAUCGCCUGCUGAUGUAACGGGAAAAACAGGUUUAUGAAACGACGUGGCGCCACAGAAUCUUCCUGCUUCACCUUUAAAAUGACUCUUUACACUACUGAACUAUGGGUUGAAAAAGCAGCCAGACCAGAACAGUUCACAUAUCUGCACUCAGGUGCUGCUUGAGUUUGGAAUCAAAGCAAAUUCUCCUCUAAAGCACCUUUUUCUUUGAACAUUUAAUUCCAAAUUUCUGCUCAGUAUAGCUCACCAGGACAACAAUAGUCAAAACAAUCUCUUUAUUUUUGUUAAACCUGCGCCACUUUUCUCAGCUCUGCCUCUCAUCAGUUCACAUAAUAGCGGUGCUAAAAAGAAAAGUACAGUUCUUCUGUGCAGGGGUUUGUUCAUACCACUGUGGCAGAUCUGUAUGCUUUAAGUGUGUUAACAGUGGGAGAAAAACGUGAUUCUUGAGCAAUAAAAUAAUGAAAAAAAUGUAAAAAAAUCUAAUUUUAGCUUGUUUGUGACUAGUGUGGACUACGACAUUGAAGAAUUAAGAUUAAUGAAUGCUUCGAGUGCAGUCAGAUUAGAUUUUAUGUCAUUUCAGCUUCACUGAGGCUCGACUUGUUAAACAGCCGCUACGUAAAAGUCUGAAAGUUCAGAUUAGAUCAACAUCAGAUCGCUGGUUUUUCACAUCAGUUGAUUGAUUCAAAAAUAACUUAAAAAAAUGGCACUAACCAGCCUCCAGUUUCACUUAAAAUAAUUUGGGUGUAUUGUUUGUUUCUGCAUUUAACAUUAUUCACAUAUCACUCUCCUGCACUUCUGUAAAUAUUAACACAAUGACCUCAUACCCGUUUGAUUCUGUUUUGCAGUCGUUGCUCAGAUUUACACGGAAAAAGUCGGGUUUUCUUUGUGGAUCUUCCGUACUUUGGGUCUGAGCGACUUAAAAGAUGGAAUUUGUUGCAGUUUCUUCCUCCUGUAUAUUUGCUUGUUUUGCGUUUUUCUAAUCGCCUCGUAGUCACCAAAUUAGAGCUGCACCUAACGACGCGUCGACGAGUCGUCUGAGCACGAUACGUCAUCAAAAGCG